AUGCGCAACUACGACACGAAGUUCUGGAUCCGUCGCAGUGGCCGUCCGGAGACGACCAAGUAUCUAGGAGCGGUGGAGUCUUGCGACGUCUGGAAAGGCUGGCUGUCGGCAGAUUCGGGUGAGCCAGUAUGGUUUGAGGGGCUUCUCGCAUUGCCUGAAGGGUCCACAGAAGGAAUCCGCAGCCAUGCUGGUGCAGCAGACGAGAUUCCUGACAAGAAGAGGGCUUUCCUGCGUAUGCUCGAUCAAGAUGGCAUUCCGACGCAAUCCCUUCCGUCGGAAGCACGCCGAGCUCUACGUUCUAAACGGAUCCACUACAUCCUGUGA